AUGACGACCACAACCUUCGCCAACGGCUCUCUCUUCACGCGCGCCGGCGCGGGCUCGAAAUUCGGUGGGACCCAACUCAGCACAGCUUCCCGGAAAACAUCCAAGACAAAGCGCAAAGAAGAGCGGAAGCGCGCGCGGGGCAAGAAAGGAAGCGUGUACGAGGAGGAAUACCUGGUGAACAGUCUAGCAAGACUGAUAGAGCGGUGGAAUGGGACGCACGAGGAAGUGAGAAGGCUUUUGGGCGGGUUGGCGAGACGGGGAAGGCGGGAGGAGGCGAGGACUGUGAUGGAGGGCAUGGAAGAGGUACAGACGCUCUUGAGUGGACUGAAGAGCGACAUCUGGCCGCCUAGCGAGCCAAGUGAAACCGGUCAAGAUUGUACACUUGCGGGAAGCCGACCGAGCGGUGCGGAUGGAGUGUUUUGGGAUAGUCAGGUUGAGGUUGGUGAGGGGGGUGGUGCAAGCAAAGAGGCGCCUGAGGUGAAGGCGUUCAAGGGUAGUGAGGUCUUCGUUUGA